UCAACCUUUCAAAGAAAAUGUGACAAGGUCCACUUGAAUUUUAAUCAUUUUAUCUUCAUAAAAUUGAUCAUAAAAUUGCUGAUUAACCCCUUUUCAUGAUCGUGACCACCUCUAUAAUAUGCUGAUAAUACUAUACUGUUUGACUUUCGAUCGUCUGAGAAAUCUUUGUUGCAGGGUAACUGUAAACUCAACUAAGAAACCAUGAUCAUCAAACUCUGAACAUUCAAAGAUCAGCAAAAAACUACCAGAAAUGGCUUUAGCACCUACCCCAAAGGUAAUUUUAGGUUCAAUAGCCUUUGCAGUAUUCUGGGUAAUGGCAGUUUUCCCAGCAGUCCCAUUUCUACCCAUUGGAAGAACAGCAGGAACACUCCUAGGAGCCAUUCUAAUGGUAAUAUUCCGCGUCAUAACCCCAGAUCAAGCAUACGACUCAAUCGAUCUUCCAAUCCUCGGUCUACUUUUCGGUACAAUGGUAGUAAGUGUUUACCUAGAAAGAGCUGAUAUGUUCAAAUACAUUGGUAAAUUACUAGCAUGGAAAAGUUUAGGACCAAAAGACUUGAUUUUCAGAAUCUGCAUCAUUUCUGCAAUUUCUAGUGCUUUCUUUACAAAUGAUACUGCUUGUGUAGUUUUGACUGAGUUUGUGUUGAAGAUUGCUAGACAACAUAAUCUUCCCCCUCACCCAUUUUUACUCGCGCUUGCUUCUAGUGCGAAUAUUGGGUCUUCAGCAACACCUAUUGGGAAUCCGCAGAAUUUGGUUAUUGCUGUUCAGAGUAAGAUCUCAUUCGGGUUGUUCUUGGUAGGGAUUCUUCCGGCUAUGCUUGUGGGUGUUUUGGUCAAUUCCUUGAUGAUUAUAGGCAUGUAUUGGAAGUUGUUGUCAGUUCAUAAGGAUGAGGAAGACGCGGCCUCAGAAGUGGUUGCUGAUGAAUACAGUUCUCAUCGGUUUUCACCUGCAACAAUGUCAUCAUCACAUCUGUCUCCUUCCAAUUCUUCGGGGUUAGAUACACAUAGUGAGAAUCUGAGAAACAGGGUUGAAUCCUCUGAUAACGAGUUCCACAGUUUCGAGUCUUCGAGAAUGUCAGAAACAUUUCAAACUGCAGGGACGACAACUCCUGAAACAGUAGCAGUAAAAGGAGAGUUCAUUACACAACUGAAGCUGUUCUUGUCUGGGAAAGUUGUUAGUGAAAAAUGGAAGCACAUACUUUGGAAGAUCUGUGUCUAUCUUGUUACUGCAGGCAUGCUGAUUGCUCUGCUGUGUGGGUUAAACAUGUCGUGGACUGCGAUCACUGCUGCGCUCGCUCUUGUUGUUCUCGAUUUCAAGGAUGCUCGGCCCUCAUUAGAGAAGGUCUCAUAUUCACUUCUGAUAUUCUUCUGUGGGAUGUUCAUCACGGUUGAUGGGUUCAAUAAGACCGGGAUCCCGGGCAAAGUGUGGGAGAUUAUGGAGCCGCAUUCGCAGGUUGAUCGUGUUGGUGGAAUUGCUGUUCUUGCAGUGGUUAUUCUUAUUCUUUCAAACUUGGUAUCAAAUGUUCCAACUGUUCUGUUACUCGGAGCACAAGUAGCAGCAUCUGCAGCAACAAUAUCAGCAUCAGAAGAGAGAAAAGCAUGGUUAAUCUUAGCUUGGGUAAGCACUGUGGCUGGAAACUUGUCACUCUUAGGAUCAGCAGCUAACUUAAUAGUGUGUGAACAAGCUAGACAAGCUCCUUAUUUGGGGUACAAUCUCACAUUUUGGAGACACCUUAAAUUUGGUGUUCCUUCUACACUUAUUGUUACUGCUAUUGGCUUGCUUCUCAUUAGAGGUUGAUUACUCUUCAAUUCAUCUGAUAAUUCAUACAAGGAUUUACAAGCUAUAUAUGAGCCUAUACUUGAUUCUUAGUUGUGUACAUAAUGUUGUAUAGUACCUUCAUGUUUAUGAAAUUGGGGUUGUUACUCGAAGUUUUGUAAAGGUCAUGUACCAAUGAUCUUCUGAGUAGACCUGGUUAUUGGACAGGGUAGUCCAAUGGAUAUAGGGUUAGGGUCAAGUUAAUAGGGCUUUUAUUGGGUAGGGCUUUUAUUGGACAGGGCCUUUAUUGGACAGGGUCAUUAUAGGGUCAAACUUAUACUACAAUUAUUUUGAAAAUUAAAAUAGUAAUGAUACAAAAAAUUACGUGUA